GUUUAAGAAUAUUGAAAAGAAAUAGCAAAAUAAAUUUCAUGUAUACGUAUACAUACAUCAAAAGAAACCGAUAAUAUAUCGAAAUGUCAUUAAAAAUAAUCCGUUAUGCCGCGGCAGAACGGCAGAGAGAACGGCAAGAAUUUUGAAACGCUCCCUUACUCAUAUUCUCUAAUCUUUCAAAAAACUUCGUUUUGAGAAUACAAAGGUAUGAAGACUUUGAGUAGUAAAACUGAAUCUACUUGACCAAAUACGCACACAUAGUUCUGAGAUGGACUAUGACAAACGUGAAGAAGAUUUUUGUUUACGAUUCAAAUAAUUCCGUCGUGUUUUACAUUUUAAUAUUGUAGGAGUAGUGCUGUAAUAUUUUUUCUGAUUUUCAUAUUUCACAUGUAGUCAUUCUCAAUUAGAUACAAGAACUAUAUUUGACGUCAUAAAAUCUGCCAAAGGUGUUGAAAUAGUACCAACAAUCGAAAUAAUAUCAGUUGAAGAUAUUGCUCUAGAAGCCAUGAACGAUGGUGGACGCUCUUCAGUUCGUGUUGCUGUACAGAAGUUUUACUAUCGUGAUACAUACGGACUCAUCUUUGUUGUUGAUUCAACUGAUCGAGAAAGGAUUGAUGAAGCACGUGAUACACUUUAUCAGCUGUUAAAUGAGGAAGAACUUCGAAAUAAACCUAUACUCAUUUUUGCAAAUAAACAAGAUUUAUCCAAUUCAAUGUCAUUUGAUGAAAUACGAGACAAACUCAAUUUAACUAAACUCGAUGGAAAUACCAAAUGGCAUUUACAGCUAGUACGUGCCACUCAAAAUGAAGAUCUACAGGAAGGUUUGAAAUGGUUGGGAAACUCAAUGGCAGAAAAGUUCGAUUUAAUGAAACCCAUUAUUGACACACUCAACGAUGCACAAACGAUCAAAAAAGAUCUCAUGUCCAUAUUCAAUAGAGACAAUUUAAAAGGGUUGUUGAGUAAAUUUUGUCUAGUUUCAGAUGAAUCCGGAUCUUCUCAACUCCAGGACAAACCUUAAUAUCUGAUAUUUACAAACGCGAAAAACAGAUCCGGAAAAAGCACAAAUUUUGCUUUUAAUUUUUUAUCACCGAACAAGAUUUUUAUUUGCAUCAUAUUAUCAAAUUGUAUUGAUGUAUUAAUAGAAAAAAAAUAAGAAGUAACAAGAUUUGUUUAUGUAGUCAAGUAAACAUCAAAAAUAUAGCUACAUUAGCUAGACACCCAUGCGAAUUGUACGAUUGCUUUUCUUUCAGGCUAUCUUUUAACAGUCGUAGACUUGAAUAUGGCUUCUAUUCCUCGCUGUAGCUCGUGUUCUAUGUGAUAUAUUGUUGUCGUACUAUUUCCUAUUGUGUAUCUAUGUUCAUAAGAUAUGCUGAUCUCUCUUUGGUGUUUAGAAUGCGGAAGAUUUUUCGUUGGAUUGUAGUAUUAAAAGUCCUCUACCAUUCCUGUGUUAACCCUUAAAAGCCGAAGGGGUUUCCUCUGACAAAGAGGAGAAGCUAACCACUGAAAUAGAAGCACGACGCCCUCACUAUGAUUAUUUUGUGAGGGGAAAAGAAGGAUAAUUUUACCUUAUAGAGAUGCUAAAUGUCCCUUGGGAGGGACAUUCGGUCUCUACGGUCCAAACUUUUCCUUUUUUUCCCACUCUUGUGUGAUAAGUUUUUUUUAUAUGAACAACUUAAUUUAUUUACUUCAAUAGACGAUAGAUCAAC